AUGUUCUAUGGAGGUUUCGGCGAGCGAAGCUCUAAUAAGGAAAAUGGGCGUCCUCCGUCGCGUGGAGGCAGCGGGGGAGAUCAUCACACUGUGAAGGUGAUGGGCGUACGUACAGACGACGUCGACAUUCUGAGGAAGGAGCUCCACAAACUACAGAACCGCGUAAACGAGCUGGAGACGCAAAAGAACAAAGCUGAGAAUUUGCUUGACAAAAAGGCGAGGGAUUGUGACGAACUACAGAAGCAGAAUGCCGAAACGCAAAAGAAGAAUGGAAUACUUGAGAAUGAGAAAGCCAGGGUCGAACAGCUAAGAAACCAGUUGCAAAUUAAGCACGACAAUGCAAACCUUCAGUGGACGGCAGAAAAAAAAGAAUUGCUUGCAGCCAAAGAUAACCUGAAGCGUGAAAAUGGUGAACUUCAGCGUCGAAAUGACCAACUCGAAAGGCAAAAGGUAGAACGAAAUGUUGGCUCCAAGUCCUUGGAGGGCGCUCGAAGCCCUGCUCCAGAGUCUCAAGUCGCAGGCGGCUCUUCCAUUCCACUGCCAGCAUCCAGUGGAGGACGAUUCUUUCGUGGAAGCCGCUUACCAGCACCGAUGUCACCCAUGGCGACUAGCGCGGGUACUGCCUUCCAGAGCGAAAACAUAGCCCUAAAGCGGCAAAUCAACAACUUGGAAACAACCAAGAUUAACUUAGAAAACAAGGUGUUACAUUUGGAGAAGCAGCUGAAGGCAUCAGAAUUCAAGCUGAAGGAAGUAGAGGUGGAGCAAAAGCACAUUGUCGAUGACUUACAAAGUCAGCUCGAUGAAGAGAAGACAAAAUGUGUUAAACUCAAGAGAGAAUAUGAAUCGCAGCUGAUAGACGCCCAAAAGACACUGAUGAAAGUUCAGAACGAGGUUCGAGAGAAGGAGGCUGAGGUUACAGGAAUAAAAGACCAAAAAGAGGCAUUUAAGCAAAUGAUCGAUACUUUGGAGGCCAAAUGUCAAGACCUGGAGGCCGAGAAAGAAAAGCUCGCGGCCGAUAUCAAACGCAUUGUUGUCGAAAAGGAUAACAUUCAUGCAGAGUAUACGGCGGAAAAAGGCACCCUCCUCGAGCAAGUCGCAACCCUUGAAGUUUCCCUCGAAGCUGCCAAAAGCCAUGCCGAUCAAUUCUGUACCCAUGCGAGUAUUGACUCGGCCGCUGUCGAUCAAUUGCGAGAAGACAACCAGACGCUGCGUCAGCAAAUCGAGGAGAUGACUGCGUACAAAGCCGAACACGAAGCUGCUGCUAAGCUACAGAAAGAGACUAGUCAAUCACUCGAGGAGAUGAGAACUAAGCAUGAGCAGAUGCUUGUACAUAUCGAACAGCUUGAAAAGGAGCGGGAAGCUCAUAAAGAUGAAAUUUCUACCUUGCGCGAACGGUUGGCAGCAAGCGAAACACAGAAAAGUAGUGUGGACGAGGAGCUCCAUGCAACGAAACAAAUGAUUCAGGAGCUUGAGCAACAGCGUGAGCAGCUCUCAAAAAGUAUUCCUGAAAUGGAAGAUCAGCUCAGAAGUCUGAAGGACGAGUUGGGAGCCAAAUGUGGCAUUAUUAUGGACUUGGAACUACUUAACGAAGAGCUUCGGGGACAAACAGAACGCGCUGAGCAGGUGGCCACGGCGGAGACUGAAUUCAGGAAGCAGUUAGAGUUGGCGGUUGCGGAGGCGAAGGAUAAGCAGAUGCAGGCUGAAAACCAUCUGGCUAGCGUCGAAAUCGGCGCAGCCGAGAACGCCGUGCGCUUGGAAAUCGAGCAGAGUGAGCGUAAAUUGGCAGCCUCCCGCCUAGCCGAUCUACAAGUGAAACUCGACUCCACCGAACAAGAGGUCACAUCUCUGCGGGCACAAAUCGCUACACUCCAAAUUCCUGCAAAUGAACCAGAAGCAUUGGAUGCGGACAAUUUGAAAACACAUCUUGGAAAAGCCCUCAAGGAACGUGAUGAAAAGAUCAUCGAACUUGCACAGUGUCAAGCCAACUUGACGACUAGGGAAGAGGAUUGCGACGAGUUGGCAACCCAAAACGAGCAGUUGCUUGAUGUCAUAGAGCAGAAGGAGAAGAAAAUUGCAGAACUUGAAACUGCAGUGGGAUCUCUAGUUUCCAUCGAAGCUAUGGAAAACAAACUUGCUGAGUCAGAGAGCGUAAGGCUGAGUUUGGAACGCAGGAUUGAAGGCAUAGAGCAGUCUCGACUGAAUUUGCAGCAGCAACUGGAUCGUGCUAGCCUGGAAAGUGAAGCUUUGGCUUUGCAAAAUGAAGAACUGGUUUGCCAAGUGAAGGAACUUGAAGGUAGUCGUGUAGCCAUACAAGCGCGUAUAACGGAGUUAGAAAUGGCUUUGGAGGGAACAGCAAACGAGCAACAAGCUGCCCGACAGCGGGUCAGCGAACUUGACGACAUGAUCGCUAUCCUGCAAGAGCAGGGCCAAGCCAAGGAAGAGCUGUACAACGAAGAACUUGCCCGUAACAUGCAGCUUCGAGCUAACGUCAAUGAAUUGACGGCGCAAGCAGAAAAGUUACGCAGCGACCUACUAGACAAAGCACAGCGUUGUGAGAAGUUUGAAAGUACACUAUUGGAAGGCAGUGAGAAGGAUAUACGUAUGGGAGAAAUGGAAGCUCGGAUAGCACAACUGACCGAUGAGAGAGAUCAAUCAGCUGAGCAGAUGGCGAUUUUCGAAAGGGAAGCAGCGGAAUUGAAGGCCAGUCUCGCGGAGAAAGACACGUGUUUGGUUGAAAUGGACGCUCGUAUGGGACAACUGAACGCUGAAAAAGAUUUUGCAGCCGAACAGAUGGCCAACCUCGAAAAGGAAACUAUUGAAUUGAAGGCUAGUCUCGCGGAGAAAGACACGUGUUUGGUUGAAAUGGACGCUCGUAUGGGACAACUGAACGCUGAAAAAGAUUUUGCAGCCGAACAGAUGGCGAACCUUGAAAAGGAAACUACUGAAUUGAAGGCUAGUAUCGCGGAGAAAGAAACUUGUCUCAAAGAAAUGGACGCUCGUAUGGGACAACUGAACGCCGAAAAAGACCGUGCAGUGGAACAGAUGGCGAUACUCGAAAAGGAAGUUACUGAAUUGAAGGCCAGUCUCGCGGAGAAAGAUGUGCACCUGGAAGAAAUGGGCGCUCGUUUCACACAACUCAACGUCGAAAAGAUUAGUGCCACGGAACAAAUGGCGAUUCUCGGGAAGGAAGUUAUUGAAUUGAAGGCUGGUUUCGCGGAGAAAGAGACGCGCCAAGAAGAAAUGGACAGUCAUAUCGCAGAACUGAACGCCGAAAAAGACCGUGCAGCAGAACAGAUGGCGAUUCUGGAAAAGGAAGCUACUGAAUUGAAGGCUAGUCUCGCGAAGAAAGAUGUCCACCUGGAAGAAAUGGACGCUCGUAUCGCAGAACUGAAAGCCGAAAAAGACCAUGCAGCUGAACAGAUAGCAAACCUCGAAAAGGAAGCUACUGAAUUGAAGGGGAGUCUUGCGGAGAAAGACGUGUACCUAGAAGAAAUGGAGACUCGUAUCGGACAACUCGAUGCCGAAAAGGAUAGUGCCACGGAGCAAAUGGCGAUCCUCGAAAGGGAAACUCCACAGCUGAAGGCUGAUCUCGCGGAAAAGGAGGUGCGUUUAGGAGAAAUGGAAGCUUUUAUUCGGAAACUAAGUGAGGAGAAGGAAGUGGGAGUUGAACAAAUGGCAGUCAUGGAAAGGGACGCCACAGUCAUGAAGGCUGAUCUCGCGGAGAAGGAGGUGUGUUUAGGAGAAAUGGAAGGUCUGAUUGGAAAACUGAGCGAGGAGAAGAACGAAAGGGAGCAGACCCUCGAAAAGGAGAGACGACGGGCGGAGACUGCGGAAGCCGAGAACCAGAGUAUAGUUCGCCAACGUGACGAUCUGCAGGUCCUUGUGGCUGAUCUAGAGGUUGUCUGCGCUGCACUGAGAAAUCAAGUCACGAAUCUUGAAUUUGAGAAGGAUGAGAUCAAUGCUAACUUGCAUUGCGAACAUGAAGAAUCCAUCAUUAACCAGCAGAAGUUGCGCGAAGCAGAGGAAAUGGAGAAAGCCUUACGAGCGGCACUAGAGCAAGGGCACAAGGAACUCGGAGCUGCAAUACAAUUAAAGGAAGCAGCCGAACAUGCUCUGCGUCUUGCUCUAGAGGAAAAAGAAGAUGGCCUCGCUGCGGCUCUCAAAGAGAAGACGAUCGCAGAAGCAAGUUUGCGUUCGGCGCUGGAGGAGAAAGAUCAGGUGCUACGUCAUAUUGAUAUCCUUGGCGGACAAUUAAAAGACAAAGUACAGGAGAUGGAGGAUUUGAGUAAUCAGCUUCGCCAGCAUGGGCAGAAAUCUGUCGAACUACUGGAACGACUGGAGGAGCUUGAGACACUGAAUGCUCGGUUAGAAGAGGAUAAAAUUGGUCUGUCGGAUAUCCUCGACCGUCAGAUUGUAGACAAUGAAACUUUGCAAGAAGAGAACGCAAGACUACAGACAGAGUUACAUCGUAUGGAUGAAAACGACUCAAAGGAGUUGGAUGAGCUACGCGAAAAAUGUACUAGAGCAGAAGAGGAGACCGAAGAAAUGAGGGUAACCAUUGAUAGACUUCGCUGUCGGCUGAAGGAGGUAGAAGAAAAACUGAAAGAUCAGGAAAGACGCCUGCUAGAAGUCCAAGGGGAGAGACAGAGCAUGGAAAACCAGAAUGACAUACUUGAAUCUGAAAUCUUGGAACUACGGGCAAAAUGUGACGAGCUUGCAGGCGAGUUGGCCGAGGAAAUAGAAGGUGGACAGGUCACAGCGCAGAAACUCGCGGACACGUUGGCUAAAUUAAGUGAGAUGGAAGCAAAUAUGGAAAGCUACCGUCAACGCCUGGAAGCACCAGCGAGUCCAAAGCAGCCAAGCAAAGAUGACCACACCAUCGCACCUACACACGUUGAGGUAACCUCACCGGACCUGGCUGAAAUCGAAAACUUGUUGGAGAUGGUCCGAACUCUCACCAGCGAACGAGACGAAGCUCUGCAAGCUCAUGAAAACUUGGUCAAAGAGCGAGAUGAAGCGUUCCAGAAGAUGCACACUGCGUUGGCGGUUACCCACGAGGAAGUGUUCCAAGGCGGAUUACAGCUGAUUUUGCAGCAGCUUGAGGACGUCCGGCAGCUUGCUGCGAGCAAAGAAAAUGACGUGCAGGAAAAAUAUGUUUUAUUGGAUGCCAAGCUUGUGGAACUGGAGAACGCACACCGCGCGCUUGGGGAAGGGGUAAUUGUGCAGCAACUUGAGAGAUUGAUUAAGGAGAAAGAAGCAGAAAUAGAAGAUCUUCGAAAGGACGCUGAAUCGAAAAUCGAGCAAAUGGAAACCUCCCACAGUACGGCGUUGUGCACCGUGAAUAAACAGCUGGAGGAUACAACGUGCAGGAUGGAGGAGAAGGAAUCAGAAAUACAGCGCUUGCAACAGGAGCUGGACUCGUUGAAGGAAGCGACAGAGCAGAUGAUGGCACUUACCCAGAAAUUGGAAGACGCCCAGAUAGCUAUUGCUGAGAAGGAGGCGAUGCUGCAAGCGUUACAAGACGAAGUGGACACCUUGAAGAAACAAGCUGCGCAGAGGGUAGAACUCGAUCAGCGACAGGUGGAACUUGCGGACCAGCUGGAAGGUGCUCGGGCGACGAUUGCCACAAAAGAGGCGAUGCUACAAGAGCUGCAAACGGAGCUCGACUGCCUCCAGAAAGAGGUUGCGCAAAAGAACGAACUUGCUGAGCAGCUGGUCAAAGUUAACACCAUGGUUGACGAGAAACAGUUGAAACUGCAAGAGCUGCAAGAACGUUUGGACAAUGCGAGUGCACGAUGCGGACGAAGGAGGAUGAGCUGGCUGCCAUGAUCCAGGA